UAUUUCGAAAAAGGGUCGACCGCAACACCUUACUUUCGACUGAGGGAAACUCUGCCCAGCGGCUGAGAACCAUCGACACAGCUCUUAUUGUAAGCAUAGCAUGCAGACUGGGUGCUGCAAGGCCACUACGAGGAGGUUGUGGGAGGCAAACCCUACAAUGUUGGUCCCAGCUACCUGGGUCUUGGGAGGGAUGGACCAGAUACAAGCCUAACCUUCGGCAUUUUUAGCAUGAAGUAACCACUCUCAGACCUCAAACCUGUUUUCUCAUUCUUGUCAGCUGGUUCUUAAUCUAUCCAUUUAUGGCGGACUAUCACUUUGUAUACAAGGAUGUUGAAGGAGCAAGUACACAGUGGGACGAUAUACAGAGAAAACUAGGUAACCUACCUCCCAAACCUGCUCCUUUCAAGCCUCCCUCCUUCACUCCAUCUCAAGAUGAGGAUUUCAAACCCAAAGACAAGACAUGGAUUGAUGAGAAAACUGAAGAAGAGCUUGAAGAGCUUGAAGACGAUCCUGAUCUUGAUGAUGACCGAUUCCUUGAAGAGUACAGGAAGAAGCGGUUGGCAGAAAUGAGAGAGGCAGCCAGGAUUUCAAAAUUUGGAUCGGUGAUUCCAAUAUCAGGAGCAGAUUUUGUUCGGGAGGUGUCACAGGCUUCUCCAGAUGUUUGGGUUGUGGUGUUUCUGUACAAGGAAGGAUUUCCAGAAUGUGGGCUACUUUUACGUUGUCUGGAAGAGUUGGCUUCAAGAUAUCCAGCAACCAAAUUUGUCAAAAUAAUAUCGACAGACUGCAUUCCAAACUACCCGGAUCGUAAUCUUCCUACCCUAUUGGUGUAUAAUAACGGUGCUGUCAAGGGAACAUAUGUUGGUUUGCACCAUUUUGGUCGAAGAUGCACACCUGAAGGCGUUGCACUGACUCUCUGUCAAUCAGAUCCUGUGCUUAACGAUGGCCGGGGCGGAAGUGAUCAAUCACAAAAGGCUGUCAUUGAAGGAGUUCGAAAGAAGUUUUUAGAGAAGGUUGUGGUAGAACAUGAAGACGAUGAUGAGGAUGGAUACUCUAGUGACUAGAAGGGUUUCAUGCAAUGCUUAAUGCUUUAUGGUUUGUGCUUGCAUGACUUGUCAUGUUCUAAUCUGGUUUGGAAAUUAUAAGGGCAGGCUUGGUAACCCUUUCCAAAUGUAAAUCACUGUUCGCGUGUCUCCAUAGCAAAGCUAAAUGCUUUUCCAUAGGCUAUGUUUGGCUUAAAGGAAAAAGUAGGGAAAGGUAAGGAAACCUUUACAAAUUUUGUAUAGGUUUUCAUACAUUUCCCUUUCUUUUCCUACCUUUUCUUUCAAACCAAACAGUCUUAAUGUAAUCAUGUGUGGUGGGUUCAGCUUCUAUUUGCCAAUACAUCAGAUGCACAUCUGGUAAAUUCUAUCACUGUGGUUUUCUUGCUCGAUUAUCUUAGUAUCACAGAUACUACUGUUCACAGA